AGAGAUUUUGCAAGCCAAAUCUUUGCUGCCCUGAGGCAGGCGGCUCUCCCCCUGGCUGCGCGCGGACACAGCGCCCCGGGGCCGGCCGAGGCUCCGGGCAGGGUGCGCUCCCGCGGGGCGCUGCAGCGCCGGGCCGGGCCGCGGGCAAAGCCUCCUCCCCGGCGGGGCGGGCGGCUCGGGCGCGGGGAGGAGCCGCCUCCUGAGUGGCUGGCGCUGCGAGGCGAGCCCGGCUGCCGAGCCGUCCCCGGGGAGGGGCUAUGAUAAUCCCGGUGCCAUUAAGGGCGUCCGGGCAGGGGCUGGCGUCCCAGUGCCCGGCGCGUCCUCCGUGCCCGGCGCCCGCUUGGAUUUACGGCGCGGGGCCGCGGCCCGCACCCCGCCGCCAUGCUCUGGAAGCUGGCAGACAACGUCAAGUACGAGGAGGACUGCGAGGAGCGGCACGAUGGCAGCGGCGCGGGCAACCCGCGGCUCCCGCACCUGCCGGCCGUCAGCCAGCACCUGUACAGCCCGGCGCCGCCGCUCUCGCACUCGGGCGCCGCCGACUUCCAGCCGCCCUACUUCCCGCCGCCCUACCAGCCGCUGCCUUACUCGCAGUCCAGCGACCCCUACUCGCACCUGGGCGACCCCUUCUCCAUCAACGCGCUGCACCAGCCGCCGCCGCCGCCCCCCAGCCAGCAGCAGAGCGCCUGGCCCGGCCGCCAGAGCCAGGACCCGUCCGGCCUGGCCCCGCACGCCCGCCCGGGCCUCGUGCCCCAUCUCUCCGCUCUGGAGAGCGGCUCGGCCGGAGGCAGGAGGGAAGCGUACCGGCGAGCCGAGCUCCUGCUGCCCCAAGCCCACGGGCUGGACGCGGCGGCGCUGGCGGAGAACCUGGGGCUCCACGACGUGGCCCAUCAGAUGGAAGAGGUGCAGGACCUGUACUUCUUUCCGCAGAACGUGGAAGACCAACACUUGCUAAUGCAUGACCAGACAGUCAUUAGAAAAGGUCCUAUUUCGUUAACGAAAAACAGUGCUCUGGGUCUCCCCUGCCAGAAGGAUGGAUUAAUUGGAGUGGUGAUAAACCCCAAUGAAGUAUUUUGUUCUGUUCCGGGGAGACUUUCUCUGCUGAGUUCCACAUCUAAAUAUAAAGUGACAGUAGCAGAGGUUCAGAGAAGGCUCUCACCUCCAGAAUGCCUAAACGCCUCUUUGCUGGGAGGCGUACUCAGAAGAGCCAAAUCCAAAAAUGGUGGCAGAUCACUAAGGGAAAAACUGGAUAAAAUUGGCUUGAAUCUUCCAGCCGGUAGAAGGAAAGCUGCAAAUGUGACUUUAUUGACAUCUUUGGUGGAAGGUGAAGCAGUACAUCUUGCUCGUGACUUUGGCUAUGUAUGUGAGACAGAAUUUCCCUCUAAAGCAGUGGCUGAAUAUUUAACCAGACCGCACUUGGGCCGUAACGAGAUGGCUAACAGGAAAAACAUGCUUCUUGCUGCAAAGCAGAUCUGUAAGGAAUUCACAGACCUCCUCACUCAGGAUAGAACUCCUCUUGGAAACACUAGACCUAGUCCAAUCUUGGACCCUGGUAUCCAGGGCUGUUUGACUCAUUUUAGCCUGAUCACACAUGGCUUUGGGAGUGCUGCCAUCUGUGCUGCCAUGACAUCCGUCCAGAACUACCUAAAUGAAGCGUUAAAAAUAGCAGACAAAACCUAUAUGAACACUGGCGACCAGAGCCCUGCAGAAACCAACAAAACCAUUGAUAAAAUGGAUAAGCACAGGAAGUAAAAUGAGAGAAACCAGACUUUCGAACCGUUCCUUCUAAACACAGACUGAGUUCUUCUUGCCUAGGGGGCAGGUAGAAAAAAAGGGGGAGUGGAGGGGGAAAUGGCCCUUUUUUUUUUUUCAGGAUCUUCACCCCCUCUCCCUUUCCCCCCACUCCUCCGGAUCCAUAAGACAAACCUUUCUAAAGCUGCAGUGUCCCUUAACUGUGGAAUCGGUUACCGAAGAUAAGUACUGGCACAAACGUAUUAAAAUCCUUUGCUGUAAAAGUGGUGCUAUAAUGUUAUUGAUGGAUAUGCGAAAAGAUAGAGAGUUUUCAACACCUAACUAUCUAGUGGUGACUAGCUCCGUGUAUACUUUUUAAGAUGCAAAUUUUAGAUUGGCUCCUGUUCAUUGUCGGAUGAAAUUUCAGGUUUUUAUUCUUUUUAAAUGCAACAAUAACAAUAAUGCAGUAUUAAGCAAUGAUUUUUAGUUUUUAUGUACUCUAAAAGUUUUAUAAAUACCUGAAGAUAGCAAGAUCCUUCUGGUUUUGCUUUAUUUUCAGACUACCAUGGGAGAAAAUUGAAGUCUUUUAGAUGUAAAAGCUAUUUGAUGGCAUUUGACAUGUUUGUUUUAAUUACGAGGCUUAUUUUUAAUGAAAACAUUCAGGCUUUUUAAAACUGCAGGAAUGUUGGCUGCGGUGGAUAUCAUCCUGAUAUUUUUUUUUUAACAAGAAAUAACUACAUGGAACUGAAAAAAAAAAAAAAUCCUCUUAGAAAAUCUGUUUUUUGUCUAAGGAUAUUGCAGCUUUAUUUGCAUAUUUAUAUUGGGUCAUGCUUUUAAAUUGGAAAAAAAAACUUGAAAGAAUAGGCACAUAACUUUUUUUUUUUUAAAGAGAACAUUUUUGCCUAUUAGGGCCUAAAAAAAGAAUCCAGGGAGGCUUUAUGUGAAUUAAGGGAAGCAGUGUGUUGAAUGUAUAUAUUUAUUUAUGUGUAAUUUAAUCGGAUUUGUAAAUAAUGGUGAACUUUUUAAUACUUUUUUUUUUUUUUAUAAAAAUGGUUUCAAAUUUUAAUUUUGGUAAGUAUUUCAAAGGUAAUGGGUAAGCUAAAUACAUUGUUAGGUUUAUGCACAGGUAUGUUAUACAGGGUAUUUAAGACUUUUUUUUUUUUUUAAUUCUCAGUUCUUGCCACUUAAGAUUAAAUUUUAAUCUGAGGUGUAUGUUCACAAAGCAAUAAUUUUGUGUAUCAUUUGCCUGAUAACUGACUAGACAUGCAAAAUGAGUGUGUGAGUUACUGUGUGUAUGUGAAUACUGGAGGUUAUGAACUACUCUUUACAUAUUUGUAAAUGUUUCCAAUAUAAUUCUGAUGUAUAUGAUAACCAUAUAAUAAAAGUAUUCUGGAUAGAA